GGCCCGACAGCGGGCAUCGGGUCACCAGGCAUGACAGCGGGCACUGGGUCAUCAGGCAUGGGAUUGUCUGGCUCGACAGCGGGCAUCGGGUCACCAGGUAUGACAGCGGGCACUGGGUCACCAGGCAUCAGGUCAUUUGGCUCGCCAGCGGGCACCGCGUCAUCUGGCAAGGCAGUGGGCACCGAGUCACCAGGCACGACAGUGGGCUCCGAGUCAACUGGCAUGACCGCGGGCACUGGGUCAGACAUUGGAUCGUCUGGCCCGACAGCGGGCAUCGGAUCACCAGGCAUGACAGCGGGCACUGGGUCAUCAGGCAUUGGAUCGUCUGGCUCGACAGCGGGCAUCGGGUCACCAGGCAUGACAGCGGGUACUGGGUCAUCAGGUACCGGAUCGUCUGGAUCGACAGCGGGCAUCGAGUCAACUGGCCUUGGUGUAAUGUCAGGGCUCCAGGGGAAACGCAGUCUUCAGAUA